AUGGCUGAAAACAAAUACUACAUCAAGGAUGCCAUCUUGAAGCCAGCUAAGCAUCACGAAUCGUUCAAGGCAUUAUGGGAGACCAAAUGGCAGGCCCCAGCCAAGAUGGGCGUUUAUCCAUUCAUGUUCGGCGAUGUCAGGGAUUUCGAGCCUGUUGUUGAACAGCUUGUCGAGAAGGACAUGAAAGAGCCAUACGACUGGGAUGCAUAUGCUGAUGUGUUCAUACCACAAGCUGAGAAGAUUGCCAAAAUUGCUGAGGAAGCUGAGAAGGCAGGUGAGAAAGAGAAGGCUAGUGAAUAUUACCUACGAUCUUCCGCCGUUUAUCGUAUUGCCAGAUUCCCUACCUUUCGCUCGGACAGACAGCGUCAUGCAUGGACAGAGGGCAAGAAGGUUUUCUACAAGGGAGCUGGCAUGCUAGAAAAUCCAGUCAAGGAAGUCUUCGUGCCGCACGUGCACAAAAUCGAAGGCGAGGGAGAUAGUGUUCCUGGCUCUUACUGCUUGCCUCCAAAUGCAUCUGCCUCUAAUCCGGUUCCACUUGUCCUAAUCAUAACCGGCCUCGACGGCUAUCGAACCGAAUUGGCAGUAUGGAGCAAAGGAUGGGCACAAAAAGGAGUCGCAACUCUUAUCCACGAGAUUCCUGGCACAGGCGACUCGCCUGCGCUCCGACAAGACCCCACAUCUCCAGACCGACAGUGGAAGAGUGUACUCGACUGGGUAGGGCAACAGAAAGAGCUGGAUGCGAAGAAAGUCGUUGUCUGGGGGUUCUCGACAGGUGGCUAUUAUGCUCUUCGAGUCGCACACACCGAGAAAGACCGUCUCCUGGCUUGUGUCAGUGUGGGAGGUGGCGCACAUCACAUGUUCGAUCGAGAGUGGCUGGAGAACGUGAACAAGCUCGAGUAUCCGUUCGACCUCGCUGGUACCCUAACGUACAAGUUUGGCUACAGUUCGCUCGAAGACUUCAUCAAGGACGGAGCGAAAUACUCGUUGCUAAACGACGGAACACUAGCCAAGCCUUGCACCAGGAUGCUGCUCGUCAACGGCAAUGAUGAUGAGAUCUUUCCGGUUGAUGAUUUAUUUGUGGCGUUGGAGAAUGGUAUGCCCAAAGAAGCAAGAAUGGUAAAGGGCAAGAAGCACAUGGGCGAGCCGGACAGCUUCUUUCUCAUCGUGAAGUGGAUCUACAGCGUGCUCGGCCUGCAAGGAGAUAUUAUGGAUCAGAUGAAGACCGUUCCUUCUCGAUCGAAAUACUAG